AUGCUCGAGCUGCUGUAUGCUCAUUUCAAAUUCGAUGAGCCGUACAACACUCGGGCCCAUUUCGAGAAUGAUUACGACAAUGGGAUCGAAGCGGCGACUGCAUUUCACCUGGAAACCAUGAGAGAAGUCCUGGAAUGCAAAGAAAGUAUGUUGCUCACAGCCGAAGAGGAUUGCGACAAGCUUCAGGCGGCGCUAGAACAAGCAACAGCUACGUUCAACAGAAUCUCCACUGAGAUGUCCGAGGAGUCAAAUGCGCAUAUCGAUUUAGGACAUGAACGCCUUGACACAUCAGUUAAUACCAACGCCAAGUUGUUCGCACACAUCGAAGCACUACAACAGAACUCCGACCAGAUGACCACUGCGUUUAACAAUGUCGUGGAAUUCGUUGAGGGAAAGAUUCGGGAGGGGGAAUUAUCAUAG